AUGUCUGGUGAUCUGAAGAUAGUGAGGGGACAGAUGAGGACAAUGUCUCAACACAUCGAUUCGGCCGCUUAUGAGUCCAGAGAUGUCAGGAAUAUAGACAUGAAUAUCAUAUCAGAGAUGGAGUUCUAUAAGAAUAAAGUAAUUCUAUUGGAAAGGGAUUUGCAGUCAGUGUUGGACGAGAAGGAAGAGUUGAUUCUCAACAGAGACUCCUAUAAACUCAAAGUCGAUAGACUUAACGAACAGCUCAACGGUUUGAUGAGAAGCGGUUACAGCACUGGCGGCGAUACCGCCGAAGACAACCGAAUCGUUGACAUCGACUCACUUUUUAUGGAGAAUCGGUUCCUCAAAGAGAAGAUCAAGACGUUUGAAGACGAGAAGAAAUUGAUUUCUUUGCGAUUAAACAAAUACAAAGAGAUUCUCGAGAAGAAGAGAUCGCAAUCACCCAAACCGGCGCUCUCGUCGGCCAAGACUACUAUGGCGUCCAUUCAACUCACGGCCGGCAAUGUUAUUACCGCCCGACAGGUCGAGGAACUUAUCGCCACCGAUGCGCUCAAUAACAUGGAAGUGACGGCUAAUAAUUUGUCUCAAUUAAGAAAUCUUGUGAUCGCACUCUUCGACGGACUUCAAGACAAAAGUAUAUCUCUUUCGCACUCAAAGAAAACAAAUAAAGUUUUGGGUAAAAGACUGGAAGAGUUGGAGAAUCAGUUGAGAAGCGUCCGAAACAAAGACAAACUGCCGAUCGUUAAGGCGGAGAGUCUGGAGAGCAAUACGAGCAGCAAUACAAACACCACAUCCAAUGUGGAAGACGUGGUCACUCCCGAUGACGAGCUCGUGGACGACGAGGACGAGGGCGACGGUCCCGAUGAGGACGAGUUGCCCCCAGAGUUGGACCGACUCGUCAAAGAUGCCAUUCAUGAGCUCAAAAUUAGGGAUUUAGACGAACCAAACGGCCAAACAAUGUCGUCGACCGACACUAUUAAUACUGUUAUUACGAAUUAUUAAGUUUGGUUUUCUGACCAUAUUUUUAUUAUUAUUUGUUUCAAAGUUUAUUGAUUUGAAGACCAUUUAAAAGUAAAACUCCAUAACAUUAUAAUUAAAAUUAUUUUUAAAUUUGAACUUUAUUUUAUAUGAUAGUUAUACAUGUAUAAUGUUUACAACACUGUAC